AUGGUGUCCAAAACAGAUUAUUAUGAGCUGCUCGGUGUGACCACUUCAGCCACCCCUGAUGAACUGAAGCUUGCAUAUCGUAAAAAAGCACUAGAAUGGCACCCUGAUAAGAAUCCUGAUAGAAUAGAUGAAGCUCAUGACAUGUUCAAAGCGAUCAACGAGGCUUAUCAAGUUCUUUCAGAUACUCAGGAAAGGGCAUGGUAUGAUUCUCAUAAAGAUGAAAUCCUAACUGGAAAUAAGACUGAAGAGAUGGAUCUUUGGCCUUAUUUUUCAGAGGCUGCAUUUCCAGGAGGCUUCACUGAUGAAGCAGAUGGCUUUUUUACUGUUUAUAGGGAACUUUUUGAAAAUAUUGGCUUAAAGGAAAACAGUGAGGCAAAAAAUAAAAACGAAGUGCAACAAAGGCCAAAGUUUGGAAAUUCCACAUCUUCCAUUGAAGAGGUAUGCUUUUUUGCCUUGAGUGGCGCGCGUAUGGGCGCCACUUCGGCAAGCUCCUUCUUUCCAGUUGGCCGAGCCAACUCAGGUUGGUUCGGCCAACUAGAAUUGACAAGUCUCCCCAAAAGGCCUCACUUGUCAAUUCUCCAGUUUGUCGAACCAACCUGAGUUGGCUCGGCCAACUGGAAGAAGGAGCUUGCCGAAGUGGCGCCCAUACCGCGCCACUCAAGGCAAAAAGCUAUAAAGGAAUUUUAUAUAGAGAGAUAGGAUGGAUUCAGUUCUAUCAAAAUUUAGUGGCUGCAUUACAAACAGAAAUUAUCAAAAAUAAUUCAUUCGUUCAGUAAAUCAAUAUGGAAUAAUUUUUGGACACAUUUUUCAACGAUCAGAGAGUUCACAUGGGCUGAUGCUUAUAACCCUGCAGAAGCGCCGAACAGAAACAUAAGAAGACUUAUUGAUGCUGAAAAUAAAAAAGAAAGAAAUAAAGAGAAACGAGCUUUUAAUGAAAUGGUCAGAGAUCUCGUUGCAUAUUUAAAGAAAAGAGACUCAAGAUGGAUGAAUUACCAAGAAGAACUAAGAAACGAAAAAAUUAGAAAGGCAAAUGAAGAAGAACAAAAAAAGAAGGAAGAAACCGCAAAAAAGAAAGAAAUUAUGGAACAGUUCAGAAAAGAGCAAGCUGAAAGAUACGCUAGAGAAUAUGAGGAAAAACUGAAAAGAGAAAUGGAUGAAAACGGAGAAGCUGCUGAAUAUAGCAGUGAAGAAGAAGUGAUUUAUCUAUGCGAGCUCUGCAAAAAAAACUUUAAGACUGAAAAGCAGCUUCAUAACCAUGAAAACUCGAAAAUGCACAAACAAAAGCUUCAGCAGCUACAAAAGGAAGAAGAAGAGACCAAAAUCCCUCCUGAAGAAAUCAAAAACGAAGAAAUUCCCAAAAAGAAAAAUAAAAAAAAUAAAAAAGAGCAAAAAGAAGAGAUUGUCAUGCCAAAAGAAGAGGUAAAAGAAGAAUCUGAAGAAGAAACUGAAGAUCCUCAUGAAAAUGAAGCAGACCAUAUGCAUAAGCUGCUUAAAAAUAGACAAGCAUUUGCAGAAGAGCAUGAAGAAAGCUCAGAAGACGAAAGAGGGAAAAAAAAGAAAAAAAAUAAAGUUGAAGAAACUAAAGAUGAAGUUUUAAUACCUGAGAGAAAAGUCGGUAAGGCCAAACAAAAGAGAAAUAAAAAAGAAGCCAAAAACGAGCCCAAAGUGCCUGAGGAAGCUGAAGAAGUUGAAGAGAAGCAGGAAGAAGAACAAAAGAAAGGCAAAGCAAAGCUCAAAAGAGAAAAAAAAGCACAAAAUCAAAACUCGUCUGAGUUUAAAUGUAGGACAUGUGGGAGCGACUGUGGUUCGAAGAAUAAAUUAUUUUCACAUUUGAAAGAAACAGGCCAUGCUAUUGCUAAAUAA